AUGAGGGUGGCAGUGGGCAUGCUCUGGCUCCUGGCCCUCUGGGGGCACCCCCACGCCCAGGGCUCCUGCCCCUCUCAAUGCAGCUGCAGCCUCCAUGUCCUGGGUGAUGGCAGCAAGGCCAGGACGGUGGUGUGCAGCGACCCCGACAUGACCCUGCCGCCCGCGUCCGUGCCCGCCGACACGAGCCGCCUGCGCCUGGAGCGGACGUCGGUGCGCCGCGUGGCGGGGGCCUUGGGGCCGCUGGGCCGCCUGGAGCAGCUGUGGCUGCCCUACAACGCGCUGGCCGAGCUCAGCGGCCUGAUGCUGCGCGGCCUGCGGCGCCUGCGCGAGCUGCGGCUGCCCGGGAACCGCCUGGCCGCCUUCCCCUGGGCCGCGCUCGCCGACGCCCCCCGCCUGCGGCUGCUCGACCUGCAGGCCAACCUGCUGGCCGCCGUGCCCGCCGACGCCGCGCGCUUCCUGCGCAACCUCACCUUCCUCGACCUGUCCAGCAACCGGCUGCUGAGGCUGCCGCCCGAGCUGCUGGCCGCCUGGGCCAGGCCCUUCCCGGCCGGCCAGCGCGCCUCGCGGGUGCUCGGCCUGCAGGACAACCCCUGGGCCUGCGACUGCCGCCUCUACGACCUGGCCCUUUUCCUGGAAAGCUGGGCCCCGAAUCUGGCCUUCAUAGAGGCCAGGCUAAAGUGUGCCAGCCCGCAAAGCCUGGCUGGAGUGGCCUUCAGCCAGCUGGAGCUGAGAAAGUGCCAGAGUCCAGAGCUCCGUCCAGGGGUGGCCAGCGUCAGGUCCCCUCUGGGCAGUGCAGUAUUGCUGCGCUGUGGGGCCACCGGCGUCCCUGGGCCAGAGAUGAGCUGGAGGAGAGCCAACGGGCACCCGCUCAACGGCACAGUGCACCAGGAGGUGUCCGGUGACGGUGCCAGCUGGACGCUGCUGGGCCUGCCUGCCGUGUCCCCCCGUGACUCUGGGGACUACAUCUGCCAGGCCAAGAACUUCCUGGGAGUCUCGGAGACCGUCAUCUCCCUGGCCAUCACGGAGCCCCUGGCUUCCACGGAGCGCGGUGGGCUUCCAGAAGCUGCCGCCUACAACAGGGUGGUGGCCCGGCAUGUCCCCGACGGCCCCGCGCCUGGCGGCCCGGCCACUGCACCCCCUGGGCCCGACGCCGAGGAGGAGCUGGGCCUGCAGCAGGUGCAGGCGGGGGCCCCGGGGCACCAGGGGGCCCGGAUACUCAGGUCCCUCAAGGUGGUGGGGGACACUUACCAGAGCGCGACGCUGGUGUGGAAGGCGCCGCAGGCCGGGAACACCACCACCUUCAGUGUCCUCUACGCCGUCUUUGGGCAGCGCGACAUGCGGCGGGUGGCCGUGCAGCCCGGGAAGACCCGCGUCACCAUCCACGGGCUUGUGCCCAAGACCAAGUACGUGGCGUGUGUCUGCGUGCGGGAGCUGGUGCCCCAGAAGGAGCAGUGUGUCAUCUUCUCCACGGACGAGGUGGUGGACGCCGAGGCCACCCAGCGCCUCAUCAACGUGGUGGUGAUCAGCGUGGCUGUGGUCAUCGCCCUGCCCCUCACCCUGCUCGUGUGCUGUGGGGCCGCGCGGCGGCGCUGCCGCAGGUGUCCCCCGGGGGGCCCCGCGGAGGCCGGGGCCUACGUCAACCUGGACAGGCUGGGCCACAGCGACGACGGCUCCGAGGAGCUGUCCCAGCACAGCCUCAGCGAGGCUGCCGGGCUCCUCUCCGCGCGGCCCAGCCUGGACUCGCAGGUGGUGGGCGCCCGCGGCGGCAGGCGGAUCAACGAGUACCUGUGCUGA